GUGAAAAUUAGCCUAAAUAUCCUCAAUUGCCAAAGAAGAACUCAAUCCCGAGUGAUUCACAGCUAGUGCCAUGGUUGUGACUCGAGCCAUGAACACCCCACGGGUCGUGAUUUGUAACUGAAGGUCCACCAAAGUGACAUCAAACCAUUUAGUAUAUUAUGCAAGGAUGUGAGUCACGGGUGGCCUGAUGGCAGUGACUGUACCCGUGAAAGUCAUUAUGCGUUAACUAUUUAAGCAUCAUUAAGCCUAAUUGAGAAGGGAGUUUGGCAACAUAAACCCUAAUAUGAUCAUAAAUGAGGGGGGGGGGGGGGGAGCAAAAGAAUAGGGUUUUCCAUCCAUUUUACCCAAAGGAGGCACCUUGCAUCCGAUCAAGUCUUCUACGAUGGAAAUCAGUUCUUCUUCUCUUCCUUUGUUCAUUUUCCCAUUAGUCAUGAACUAAUCUUUUCUUGUUGUUUGAAUGAGAUGAACCCUAGUAUAUGAUACUGAUUUGAUUGAUAUUGCAUGGAUAUUCAUGUUUAUGAUCUUUGAUUUGUCUAUUAAUGAUAUUCGGGUAUGCAAUAGAAGUGCACCUAUUGUAAGCUUGCAUGUUUCAUAUGUAUGUUGAGGAGAAGAUCCCCAUAGUUGCGAUAGAAUACUCAUAGAUAAAAAGGACUUCAAACUACUAGAAGAUGGAGGGAGAGGGACUUCUAGAUUAGGGUCAGACCUAAUAGGGGGAUUUAUAGAGCGAUAAUCUUUAGAAGAUCCAAUCUAAGCCAAAGAGAAUAUCAUAUCUAGGUUAAAUCGACUAAUAGGGUGUCAAUACAUGAGAAGAUUGACUCGCCUGUACUGUCACACUAGAAAGUGGAUAAGUGUAACCACCUACUAAUGCGUAGUAUAGCGGGUUUAACUUUAAUUGUUAACCCGGGUCCUAGAUGUGAUGACUACUCCGUGAAGUUCUUAUUAUUUAGUGGUUUAACUGUAGUGAAGUAUUAACUAAGCUAAACAAACACAAAACAGUAAAGGUUGUGGUUCAAGUUUGAGAGAAGUCACCCAGAUAUGGUCCCCCCCUAGAUUGCAGUUAAGUUUGGUUAUAAUUCUCCAAGUCCAAAUUCAAUGACAGUUAUACUAAGGAAGGUUCUUAUUCAGUCUGAAGUCUCGACUAAAGGUCUCCAGACCCUCUCAAUCUGAAUACCUGGCGGGCGACUAACCUCCACCGGAGUAAACCAACUAACGCCCUAACGUGCAAAACCUCCUCUACUGGAGUAAAUCCCGUACAAAGCAGUGAAUUGACUCCUCGAAUAAAGUAGUCAAUUCACCACCUCCAAUUAAGGGUGCUCUAUCAACCUAGGCAGAUAUUCUCUUUCUAGGUUAAAGCAGGAACUACCAGAAUUUGAUCAGGAUUAAGCAAUUCAGAAAAUCAUGCAUCAAUUGAAUAUAGCCAAUUUCAAAAGAUCAUGUACUGGGGUUCAUACAACCAAACCUAACAUACAAAUCCAGGGUUCUUCAUACCCAGGUGAGAGAGAGAGUUUACUCCAUAGAGAGAGAAGAGAAAUUAGAUUCAGAUGCAGAAAUCAUCUUGUGGAGGAUGGAAAUCAACUUCUGGUUAUCAAUCGAUGCUUAUCCAGGCUUCAAUCGAGCUCCAAUGAUGUUGAACCUCGAUUUAGGUCACCUUGAGAUGGUUGGUCGUCACUUUCUCUCUCUAGGUCUCUGUUUUCAGCUCUCAAACUCGGUUCUCCUCUCCAAACCCGAAAUUGGGUUUAAAACCCAGCACUGCUCGAUUACAUGACCAGAACACACGGCCAUGUAAAACCCUGGUCUGCCCGUGUAAACCAAAACGUCGCGUUCCAAUUAGUUCUCCGCAGACUCUACAUGGCUAGCGCACGGCCGUGUAAAACGACCACUUGCCCGUGCGGAUCUCUGGAAAUCACCCACGACCAGAGGCGUCCUUGCAUGGCCCGUACAACACCUGGUCGUGUAAACCCAAUCACACGGCCACACUGCACGGCCGUGUAAAUCCUUCAGCUUCUCCUCGAUCAUCCUAACUUCGUCCAAUCGACCCCGAAUUCGUGUCCAAACCUCCAUUCAAGUACUAGGACCUGAAACAUCACCAACAUGAACAACCUAGCGUGAAAUCGGCUUAAAACGGGAGAAACGAGCUUCAAACAAUAUAAGAAUGGUGGGUAGAAACGUGUGCAAAUAUUGAGUUAUCAAAGAUCGAUUUUAUACCAAUUCUAGAAUCCUACGGUCAAAGAGUAUAACAUCGAGUCUAUGCAUGUUCAAUUGAAAAUUUAUGAUUAGAUAGGGAGAUUCGAAGUCUCAAUAACACAUUCUCUAUAUAAGUUUACAUCGUAGUCACAUUUUUUCUUUGUUGAAUUUCAUUGUCUAGUUAAUUGAAAUAACUGAAGAGAGAUCGGUUAAAUAAUAAGAAACACAACUCAGUAGUAGUAAUUCAUAGUCUCUGUGGAAUACGACAUUGCUUUGCUUGUCACUGUAUUGCCUCUAUGAAAGGUACACUUGCCUUAAGUAGUCGCACUUAGAAAAAGGCGAUCAACGGCUUGAGGAAUAACCAGAUCAGCAUCAACAACAGUUGGAGGAACAUUCCUCAGGCGAUUGCCCACGCCAACUCCAAAAAGUUGAGUCCAAUUCGCCUGCGAUGGAUUGGUCGGAGCGGCCAUUACCCCCAAUUCGGUUAGGGUUACUUCUACCGAGAGAGAUAAGAGAAGAGAGAAGGCUAUAUAAAUAUGGAUCGUAAGUAAAUUGUUUUCAAAUAUGUUUUAUAUAUGAUUAAAUUCAUUUAUGUUAAUAGGUUUUUACAUUUCUACAUAUAUUAUUAAACCAGCAUGUGUCGGCACAAAAUCGAUUAUGCAAGUGAUUGAACUUUUCCACUUGUUAAAUCGGGACAACGGUAUAAACUAGUUUGAAAGGAUCGCAGGGGUGGAAGGAAGAAUCAAGCGAUAACUUUUUUAAUACAUGCGGUUUGGAAAUGCCGAUUGCCGAACGGUUUGUCCAGUUGUGGCCGGCCUCAAUCCAUUUUUGUGGUGUAAUUAAAAAAAGUGGGUAGACGAGGACAAGACUCAGAGAAUCGGAAGCAGGCGGAGAAAUUGGUUGUAGCCUGUAGGUGGAAAAAAUGCAAAGAUUCCCAUUUUGUUUUCGUGUACCGUAGCGCGCUCUUAGCUCGUAGCGAAGAAGUGGCAGAGACCUUUCGUCUCCCUCGUUUCUUUCCUUCCUUUACAAAACUCCCUCACUCCUUCCCGUUUUAUCGUCAACAAGAUUUUUUUUGUGUCUGUACAGAAAGCAGACACCUCGCUUCCGCCCCUGCGGAAUCCUCUGUCACUCUCAAGGUCCACCGUACGGCCAUGGCAGCUGUAGCUGCUGCCAAUUUUCACUCCUUUCAAUUCCCUUCUUCAUCCGUUGCCGUUGGGGCCUCUCACUCUUCCUCCAAGCCCAGCGUCCACUUCAACGCCUACAAACCCGCAUUUCCCACUGUUCACACUGGGAAGUCGAGGUCUUUCAGCGUUAUCUCCUGUGCUGCUUCGAAUGGUAGGAAACCGGAGUCGGCAGACGGUGGGUCGAAGAGUGAGAAGAAGAUUCUUGAAGAGAAACGGCGCGCCGAAUUGUCGGCUCGAAUUGCCUCUGGAGCAUUCACUGUCGAGGAAUCUGGUUUUCCAUCCAUAGUAAAGAAUGGAUUGUCGAAAUUGGGAGUUCCAGAUGGGGUUUUGGAGGUGAUGUUCAAAUGGGCUGAUGCCAAACAGGAUUAUCCAAAGAUCCCAGAAGCUAAAGGCGCCAUUAGUGCCAUCAGGAGUGAGGCCUUCUUCAUACCCUUGUAUGAGCUGUUCCUCACAUAUGGCGGAAUUUUUAGGUUGACUUUUGGUCCAAAGUCAUUCCUUAUUGUUUCUGAUCCUUCCAUAGCAAAGCACAUCCUAAAGGAUAACUCAAAGUCGUAUUCUAAGGGUAUUUUGGCAGAAAUUUUGGACUUUGUCAUGGGUAAAGGAUUGAUUCCGGCUGAUGGGGAGAUAUGGCGUGUUAGAAGACGAACUAUUGUCCCUGCAUUGCAUCAGAAGUAUGUAGCAGCUAUGAUUGGCUUAUUUGGACAAGCAACAGACAGGCUUUGCAAGAAGCUAGACACAGCGGCAUCAGAUGGGGAAGAUGUGGAGAUGGAGUCACUUUUCUCGCGUUUGACAUUAGAUAUCAUUGGGAAAGCUGUUUUUAAUUAUGAUUUUGAUUCAUUGACUAAUGACACUGGUAUAGUAGAGGCUGUUUACACAGUUUUAAGAGAGGCAGAGGAUCGAAGUGUUUCGCCGAUUCCUGUGUGGGAGAUCCCUAUUUGGAAGGACAUCUCACCUCGGCAAAAGAAAGUUAAUGCAGCCCUCAAAUUGAUCAAUGGGACACUUAAUGAACUGAUUGCCAUAUGCAAGAGGAUGGUGGAUGAAGAAGAGCUACAGUUUCACGAAGAAUACAUGAAUGAACGAGACCCCAGCAUUCUUCAUUUCUUGUUGGCUUCAGGGGAUGAUGUUACUAGCAAGCAACUCCGGGACGACCUGAUGACGAUGCUUAUAGCCGGACAUGAAACGUCUGCUGCAGUUUUGACUUGGACAUUUUAUCUCUUAUCCAAGGAGCCAAGUGCUUUAUCAAAAUUGCAGAAUGAGGUUGAUGCUGUUCUAGGUGAUCGGUACCCUACCAUAGAAGAUAUGAAGAAACUCAAGUACACAACUCGAGUAAUCAAUGAGUCUCUUCGGCUCUAUCCACAACCCCCAGUCUUGAUUCGUCGAUCUCUUGGGAACGAUACACUCGGAAAGUACCCUAUAAAAAGUGGUGAAGAUAUAUUCAUCUCAGUAUGGAAUCUCCAUCGGAGUCCUCAUCAUUGGGAGGAUGCAGAUAAGUUCAAUCCCGAAAGAUGGCCUCUGGAUGGACCAAAUCCAAAUGAAACGAACCAGAAUUUCAGUUACUUGCCAUUUGGUGGAGGGCCAAGGAAAUGUGUAGGAGACAUGUUUGCUACUUUUGAGACAGUAGUUGCUGUUGCUAUGCUGGUUAGAAGAUUUAACUUCCAAAUGGCACUCGGAGCACCUCCAGUGGAGAUGACGACAGGGGCUACGAUCCACACGACACAAGGUUUGAAGAUGACAGUGACAAGAAGAAUUGUGCCCCCAAUAAUGCCCACUUUGGAAACGCAAUUAUCAGAAGUGGACUCAUUACCAUCAUCUCCAUCUUCGUCGUCAUCAUCAUCAUCUGUUUAUGUUUCUGGGGGCUAAAUAAACUCUAAAGAAAAUGGUGGAAAGUUCAUCCUGUCCAUUCAUGAGGUUCCAACUAUUACACGCCGUAGUAUAUAGAAUAUUAUUCAGAUGAUUUAUAAGACUGCAGAGUCGGAUAUGAUUUAAAGGAA